ACGUGUGAUGUAAAUAAAGAUGGCGGCUUCUUCUAUUUCGAGUAUUGAUGAAAAUUAUGUUUUACCGAAAACAAAUAACGUCAAACCUCAACAGAAUUUAGUUGAUAUUAUCAACCUUGAUCAUAACUACUGUAGACCGUGGUCUGAACGUGAAAAAAUUCCACAUGCGAGGCCUGCUAAGAACCUUUUCUGGCCGCAAACAGAAAAUGAGUAUGAAGAGGGCAACGAUACGACGACAUCUGAAGCGAAGAGAAAACCCGAAGACAAAAAAGUGGUUAAAGUAGAUGAGGUUAUUGAUGUUGAGACGGUUGAAGAAGAGCCACUUAAUGGGCCUGCUGCUGUUAAUAUGCAAUAUGAUGUUGUGAAGUCCAAAAUUGUGAUGUCUGAAUGUGAGAAAUAUGUUAAUAGUUCAUCCAGUAAACGAACACCUGACACUUGGGAAGAGCUCAUUUGUAGAACUGGCUGGACAACGCAACAAAAUGUACUGUUUGAUAAGAUUCUCAAGAUUGUGUCCGCAUAUCGUCUCUCAUGGCUGACAUAUCAAGGGUCGGCCAAUGAGCCAAUCCUUCGUCGGGUGGCUGUUGAUAAAGCCACAAAACGUGUCAGGCAAAUUCUAAGCAGAAUUGAAUGGGAACCUAAACUAACAACUUGGUUACACAGUUCAAUGGUUGAUGGUCUCAGUGUUCCACUGUUGACUUGUUAUUUGGAUAUUGUGCAAACAUUGCGAUCAAAGGUACCAACGCUUCAGAGAAAGAUUACAGGAACUCCUUUGUUUAUUGAUGUACCAAGCGGACCAACUACCAGUGCUUCUGGUAAUUCAACCAAACGGUCUCGCUUCUGGCACCAUCAUCUUUCACACUUUGGUAAAGUAAUCCCUGUCACAAUGCAUCUUAGUAACAGUGGUAGAGGCGUUUCUAUUGGCCAAUGUCUUGAUCACAUGAUUGGUGCUGUUCAAGCUAAAGUUCUUGAGCUAAAAAAUCACUUUCCUAACCGUCCUGUUGUUCUCAUCGGUUGGGCGACUGGAGCUUUGGUCUCUUUCCAGGUAUCAUUGAAAGAGUCUGUCUGUGCUGUUGUCUGCCUUGGUUUUCCCCUCCUGGGUGUUGAAGGAAUUCGUGGGGAAAGUGGUGAUUCUUUCCUGGAAAACAAAACUCCAACAAUGUUUGUUUUUGGUUCGUUAUCCACAUCAUGUUCUUUGCCAGAUAUUGAGGAGUUCCGAAGAAAACUGAUGUCAGAUACUAGUCUACUAGUGAUCGGAGGUGCUGAUGAUCAGCUUCGUCUCACAAGCGCGAAAAAGAAAAUGGAACGUGUGACCCAGUCUGUAGUAGACAGAAGGAUCAUGGACGAUAUUGGCGAGUUUCUUAAUCACGCUGUCUCAUCAAUGAAUGAUGACUCACAUCCACGAUUAAACUAUUUUGAUUUUGACGAUGUCGAUAAUCGACGAAAGAAACCAAAAACGGAGUAUCGGAAGCGUUCGGCCGGCGACGCGGCGGGCUCGGCAACAGCCGCCAAAAAACCUCGUGGACGAACGCCUAAAGCAGCUGAUGGAAGUGCCCCGAAGAAACCAAAAACUGUGAAAAAUGUCAAAAAGACACCUGCUAAUAAACCGGUUGCAGCAACUGGUCAAACAGGUAAAGAAUCAGCUGCUCCAGCAGCUCGACCAACCGGUGGUCUUCCAAUCGCUCCAUUACGACCGACACAUCCCACAAUUCCAGGCAGUAUCAUUCAAGGAGUCCCGCUGACCAGUGUCAGUGUGCCAAUAUCUGCAGUAUCCCGGGUAAGCAUUCCCGGGGUACGUUUAACUGGUGUAAAUAUUCCUGUUUCUGGUGUCAAUGUCCCGGUAUCUGCUGUAAUAAAGCAAGGCUCAUUGGGAGGUAGGUCUUUCGUGUUCCCAGGAGCGGCGAGUAUAUCCCCGGGGGUAGCGACCACCGGAAUAACGACAGUGGGGACUGCGGGGAGCACCCAUCACCUAAAGAUUGUGGUCAAUCCUAACACAGAUGGAGGGAUAAAGGUCGCUGGUGCCCCUACUAAACCUGGCCUAUCAACUCCAUCGACAAUGCAGUACAGGACUGCUCUUGUGACUUCCCCCCUCCCAAAUAAAACCCCUGCUCCUAUUAAACCACCGACAUCUGUGUCUCCCCAGAUUUCUACCACCCCCAAGCAGCACUGAUAACAUCAUCGGCUAUAACAUCUGCUCUAACGUCGUCAUUAUCAUCAAAUUCUACAAAUGCUCCAUCAACAUCUGGCUCUAAACCAAUCGUUGUGUCUCGUACUAUUGUCACCGUCCCAAAGGCAGCAAUUGUCAGCGGACAAUCUCAAUUCGUCAUGCACCAAGGACAGUUAUCUGCCGUCAGUAAACAGCUCACCUCUGAGCAACCUGGGACGCAAGUCUCACGGAUUCUUACCUCAACUAGCAAAGCUCAAACAACAAGCUCCGUACCCAAACAAACUGUUCGCGUGAGUCACGCAGGAAGCUCUCAGACAGGCACGAAUCUCGUGAA